AUGGCUCCGUUUCUCAACUUUCUGGGGAAGAGGUCAGCCGACCCUAGUAGCGGGGAAGCCGAGACUCAGCCCGAUACUCGGCUCUCUGACGAUAGCCACCGUUCAACCCCAUUGAGCCUCAGAAAGAGUCAGGAAAACGAGACUCCCGAAUAUAAAUUGAGUGUCGUCGAUUGCAAUGGCGAUUAUCUCCCCCCAUCACCACCGGAGAGAGAAAGCUUCUGGCGCAGAUAUUCAGGAAAGAAAUCAUCGUCAAACCACCGCAACCUAGUCGAUGAGAAUGAACCGUUCUCGAUUUCCCGUGAGUCUUUCGAUUCUUAUCGCCGCUCUUUUGACAUCUCCGCGCGUUCGCCUAUAGUUUACCCAGAUAACAUGCCCUCCCGGACAUCCCUCGACUCGCGCUUCUCCCGCAUAACCUCAACAUCUGGCUACAGCGGACAACGGCCCACGCCAACCAUGGAGGAAGAUCAGUUCGAAGAUGUCGGGCUCAACGACGACGACACCGAGUCCAAACCAAGGAGAAAGGGCAUUUUCUCACGCUUUGGCGACUUGUCGGGUGACGCACAGACAGGGGGGCCUAAGCCAUCGUCACAUCUCGGCUUUCACAUUCCGGGCCGGAAGAAGUCUACCCAGGCGCCGCCCAGCUCAGAGAUGCGCGCGAUGAAAUCGCCAUAUGCGCCUGAGGUAACAGAAGUGCGUGAGUGAGUGAGCGCUGCCAUGUCUGAAGGUUCAUUGUGGGCUCUAUCUGAACGCUUUUUGUAUGAUUCGAUGAAACUGGUUUUGAAGGUGGCGUUUUGGGGUUCUUAUGCAUCUUCCACCUACCCGAUAUAUGCAUUGGGUUGCUUCAUCUUGGAUGGUCCGCACUAAUCAUAAUGUUUGUUGGACAAUUACUCACUACCAUUCACUUCAUCAUCGGUUUCAAUAAGAAUACUCCUGAGCAUAUCGCAUUAUCAUAUCAUUUGGACCGUUCA